CCCUGCCGGUGACCUUCGCUCUCCGGCGCCGGCUUUGCAAAACGGCUGCAAGCGCAGCACCGCCUCGACGGCGCGCCCAGCUCUUUCCUUUGCGCCAUGGCGGAGCUGGCGUGGGCUCUGGGGGCCUUGGCCGCCCUGUUCGCCCUGCUGGACGGCUGGUACCUGCUGCGGGUGCCCGUGACGCUGCUGUACGCGCGCUGGGCGCUGCCCACGGUGUGGGACCUGCUGGAGGAGCAGAGCUUCGCGAGCCGGGUGCUGCCGUCGGACCUGGACUGCCUGGUGCACAUGAACAACGCGCGCUACCCGCGCGAGGCGGACCUGGCGCGCUUGGCGCACCUGACGCGCUGCGGGCUCCUGCGCGCCGUCCGGGGCUUAGGCGCGCACACGGUGCUGGCCUCCUCGACGUGCCGCUACCGCCGCUCGCUGCACCUGCUCGAGCGCUUCGACGUGCGCACGAGGCUGCUGGGCUGGGACGCGCGCGCCUUCGUCCUGGAGCAGCGCUUCGUGCGCGCCCGGGACGGCUUCGUUUGCGCGGUGCUCCACGUCCGGCUGCACGUGGUGGGGGCCAGCCCCGCGCAAGCCGUCGAGAUCCUCUGCCGCAGGAAGGUGGAGUCUCCUGAACUUCCCGAAGACAUACAGCACUGGUUGAAAUACAAUGAAGUCAACAGCCAAAAGUUACGGGCAGAGAGCGAUUUGCAGGAAAACAACAAGGAAGAGUAAUGGGAUCCCUCAAACCCACCCCGUUAUGUCCUCGGUGCGGGAUCCGUCCUGCGGAAUUGCUGAGGAUUAUUAAGACUCCCCCUUUCAGCUACCAUGAGAUAUAAAAGGCCUUGGUGACCCCACCCAAAGCUCUAGUACCGCAGCAGCAACAAAGCCAGCCCAUUCGAUAGUCAGCCCCAAAGGAUUGGGACCACGCGGAGCCCUCUUAUGGUUCCACCCCGUCGGCAGCCGUACACAGGGAAAUAACGUCUCACCAACCCAACCAGUAGUAUAGCACUGGACUUAGUAGCGAUCCUGUCCUCAUCCACUGGGCAUUACUCGAGAACAGGAAUGCCGUCCCCUGAAACCUGACGUCGUCAACCUGUUCUUGUUUACGAAAGCCAGCCCUGGCCAUUCUGCGGUGACCGCCAUGGCCCAGAAAACGUAGGAGAGAUGUGUUUUGGGUCUUUGAAAGGGGAACCCAGUUGACCUCUUAAUUUGAGGUCACCACAGAUCCAGGGCUCUGCAGAAACCAAAGUAUAAAUGCACAACCUAGGCUUGCGGGGAAGCCUGGGUUGUCGUCUGCUUACAAACUGGAGCCAACAACGUUGCUCUCCAGAUGUUGUUGAACUAAAGCUGAUGAGGGUUGAAGUCCACAGCAUCUGCAGAGCAGCAUUUUGGCUACCCCGAUCUACUGUGACGGAUCUGCUGCCGUUUCCCAUUCGCGCACAGCUGGCUUCAUGCUUGAAAUCGGAGGUGUGGAUCCUGUGGCCCUCCAGGUGCUCCUAGGACUACAUCUCCCAUCAUCCCAGGCCGUCGGCCACUUUGGCUGCGGCUGAUGGGAGUUGGGACUCCAAACGAGACAUAGAGAAGGCCACAGGUUCUGUGUACCUCCAGUGUUUAAUGGAAACAGGUGUGGAUCCAUUAGAGUCCAGGUGGACCACACAAGACCUUCAACUCCAGGCACCCCCAAACUGCGGCCCUCCAGAUGUUUUGGCCUACAACUCCCAUGAUCCCUAGCUAGCAGGACCAAUGGUCAGGGAAGAUGGGAAUUGUAGUCCAAAACAUCUGGAGGGCCGAAGUUUGGGGGUGCCUGUUCAACUCUUUCUGCUGGAAGGUCAUGCAGCCUUUCGAGCAGAAAGAGUUGUGCCAGGCAGGUCCCGCCCGUGCCCUUGGCCAGCUGAAUUUUCGGGAAGUGGGGGACAUUCCAGUAUUAGGACUUAGCUCAGGCUUCCUCAAACUCAGCCUUCCGGAUGUUUUUGGCCUACAACUCCCAUGAUCCCUAGCUAGCAGGACCAAUGGUCAGGGAAGAUGGGAAUUGUAGUCUCAAAACAUCUGGGGGGGGCGAGUUUGAGGAAGCCUGACUUAGCUGGAAGGGAAUUCCAUGUAGCACAUCCGAUUCCCACAGCCAUGCAGGAGCUAGCACCAGUUUAAUACAGCAGAGGCAAUCAGGGUUUGAUGUUCACAGCACCAAAUAUACAAAACGGGCACAGACUUAUUUCAUUCUACAUGGUUCUUCUGUUCCAGAGAGAUUCCCCCCCCCCCCCGGUACUUCUGGUGAACCAGGAGGGAACCAGCAUGGUUUAAAAUAGCUUUGAGGGGAAAAUUGUUGUUUGUUCUUUAUUGUUAUUUAAUUACUCGGUGCUGAAGGUUGGUUGGUGGUUUUCAAAAGGGUUUUUUUUUUUAAUAAAAAAAGAAGUUAAUCCAGUGGAAUAGAAAGACCAACCAUUUUGCGCAGGAGAUAAUCAGCACAGUCUUCAAGUCUUAUUUAUUUAACUUAUUUCUUUUGCACUGAAACGUUGCUUUUUCCGUUCGAGGCGGUUUGCAAUCUUAAAGCGAGAGCUUGCAGCCCAGCAGAGGGGGGAGCAAGGGAGGGAAAUGGUAAAGAUCGGGUACCAGUCCCUACGCAAUUUGAUCAAUUCCAUACUGACCACAGAGGGAGCCAGGUUUGGGAGGAGAGGGGUGAAAUUGCAGUUGGAACCUGUCAAGUCUCACCUGCAUAGAUUAUGUAGGCAGGUGAAAGUUAAGGCAGAAAGUUACACUAAGUAUGCCUAAUGCCAUUGCCCUGCAGAUGUUGCACUAUAACUUCCCAUCACCCCUGACCAGCCACCAUGUUGGCUGGGGGCUGAGGGGAGUUUGGAGCAAUGCUAGGGGACACAGUUGGGUACAGCUGAGUUACAAAAUACAACUUCAGGCUGGAGGUGGGCAUGUUCUCCCAAGCUCCCCUCCAGUUGACUUGGAAAUGACCUGAGAUCUCCCCACCAAAAAAUGUGCUUGGAAGUCAUUCUUUCAAGCUAUUCCAUUAAAAAAAAAUGUUCCUUGCCAGCCCGCCCCCCCUCCUACUGUGGUAGCUUCAAUGAACAGUGAUAAAUUCUACAUGUAACGUAAAUGCAUCUAAAUAAAUAUGAGCUGGUGCUACCGUGUGAAAAUAUUUGUUUUCUUUGUUCCUGUUUGGGGGGCAAAUUCGACCCUGUUUCACCCAUUUGCCCAUUGCACCUUUUUGCUUCUGAUCAAAGUUUGUGGAGUUAAACUAUGGAACUCCCUCCCACUGGAUGCAGUGAUGGGCCCCCGAUGUGGGAUUGGAAUGAAUCCAGAGUGGAGUCCAACCUUGUACUUCCGGCAACUCCGGCAGCCAAGCUGGCACCAGACGUCUCGCUCUGCUUUCCUUUGAACCAUGUCGGCAAAGGGGGGGGCGAAUACAGGGGCGUAGGAAGGCGGAGGCAGUGGGAGCAGUCCGCUCCAGGUGUCAUCCCUGAGGAGGGGUGACAAAAACAGCUCCCCCCCCCCAUUGCAUGGCAUGGCCGCCGCUCUGGGUGCUGAUGAAGCUAACUUCGCCACUGUAUGGAAUUUGCAACCAUAGGAUAGCUUGGGUGGCUUUAGAAGGGAAGUAGACUAUUUAUGGCAAUAGAUGGAAAGGGCUGCUUUGAGACUUGCAUGGUGAGAAGUGGGGUAAAGGUAAAGGGACCCCUGACCAUUAGGUCCAGUCGUGACCGACUCGGGUUGCAGCGCUCAUCUCACAGGCUCUAGUUUAACCCACAGCGCCACCCAAUAAGGGGUACUGCAAUUAAAAUAAAUAACAAGUGCCUACUAGCUAUGAUUUGUAUUCUUUGCCUCCGCAGAUAGCGACCGUAUGCCUCUGAGUGCUGGUUACUGGGGAAGACAGGGAGAGGGCUGUCGCUGCACUCACAUCCUGCUUGUGGGCUCCCCAUAGGCAUUCAGUUACAGAGGUGUAGGAAGGGGGCGGGGGGGACCGCCCCGUGUGUCAUCGCUGAUGGGGGUGGCAUUCAGCACUCCACCCACCUGUGACUCCCAAGCCUACCCCCGAGCCGUUGAUAAUGAGGGUGACAAAAAAUUGCACCGGGUACCACCUGACCUUGCUACACCACUGGUGUAGGCUCCUAUGAUGUAAGUAAUGGGCACCCAAUCAUUUUAAGUUAGAGCUUAAUAAUUAUUUCACUAUUAAUAUACUUCUUCUUAAUUGUAUUUCACUAAUAAUAAACUUCUUAAUUGUAUUUCAGUUCAACAAUUACUUUGAUAACAUACAUAUUUUGUUAUGUGCAAAUGGCUUGAGAUACCUACAGUGGUACCUUGGUUUAUGAACACAAUUGGUUCCGGAAGUCUGUUCAUAAACUGAAGCGUUCAUAAACUGAAGCGAACUUUCCCAUUGAAAGUAAUGGAAAAUGAAUUAAUCCGUUCCAGAUGUGUCCGCGGCGUUCAUAAACCGAGGUGUUCAUAAACCGAGGUUCCACUGUAUUAGGUCCCUAAAUUACCAUAUAGCAUAUAUUUAACACAAAAAAACAGUGACAAUUUGUUGUUGACAAAGGACAGCUGGACAUAGAAAGGGCCCCAUUACCUUCAGUAGCUUAGGGCCUCAUCAAACCUCAGUCCGGCCCUGGUCCCAUGCUUCAUUGUUUUGCACCGAGAACUUUAACAGCAGCUGCAAAAGUUGCUUUGUCCCAAUACUGUAAAUAAUUUUCCUAACAAGGAAGCUUUUCUGCACCCUCAAAUGUUCGCUGUCCUCACCUGAGCUCUUGCAGCUGAGAUGCAGGUGGGACGGUCUUGUCAGACCAAGCAAUGCAAAUAGCAGGUUGGCCCACAAAACAAUGCUCCAGUGCACAAACGCUCUUUCACGAGGCUUAAUCCUCCGUUUGUUCGGUGGAUUUCAAUGCACAUACUUCUGUCAUUAGACACCGGAGGAAGAGCUGGGACUACCAAAAGGACAGUUAUAAAAGAAGGCUUAGCAGAGGGUGAGAACGACAUGCUUGGUGCAGUAAGAAUAACGGCAAAGAUCAUUCUAUUGUAAAGUGGGAAGGGGCCUUAAGGAACAAUUCAAAUUGCUGGCUCUGACCUUUAAAGCCCUAAAUGGCCUCGGUCCAGUAUACCUGAAGGAGCGUCUCCACCCUCAAUGGUUCUGCCUGAGGUUCAGCUCUGAGGGCCUUCUGGCGGUUCCCUCCCUGUGAAAAGUGAGGUUACUCCCAUCAGAUGUCAAGGAAAUAAACAACUAUCUGGCUUUUAGAAGACAUCUGAAGGCAGCCAUGUUUACAUAAUUUUUUAA